AUGGACGACAAAACAAAUUAAGAGGGGUAAAAGUUAAAUGGAAAUAUAGGGCUGAAUAAUUAGUGAUAUUUGAGGAGAAAAUCACAACAGUUAAUGGAUAGGUGGCAAUUAAGAAAUAUUAAAGAGGGAAAUUUUUGGGGAAGGGAGGAUUUGCAAAGUGUUAUGAAGCCACAAAUUUGGAGAGUAAGAAGGUUCUUGCUGCAAAGAUAAUAGUUAAGAGUAGUCUAACAAAGAAUAGGGCUCGUUAGAAAGUAAGUGAUGUAAAUUGAUGUAGCUUAUUUCAGAAAUAAAAAUACAUAAGAGUUUGUAGAACACAAACAUUGUACAGUUUGAGCAUGUAUUUGAGGAUCAUGAGAAUGUGUAUAUUUUAUUAGAAUUGUGUUCAAAUUAAGUAAGUGAAGUUGUUUAAAAUUAGACAUUGAAUGAAUUGAUAAAGAGAAGAAAGAGAUUGACAGAGAUAGAAGUGUAAUGUUAUGUGGGUUAGAUAAUAAAUGCAUUGAAAUACUUACAUGCAUAGAAAGUGAUUCAUAGAGAGUAAGAAGUUACAAAAUAUUAUAAGUCUUAAGUUGGGUAACUUAUUUUUGAAUAAAUCAAUGGAAUUAAAAUUGGGUGAUUUUGGUUUGGCAACAAAGUUAGAAUUUGAGGGAGAAAAGAAAAGAACAAUUUGUGGAACUCCGAAUUAUAUAGCUCCUGAAGUAUUGGAUGGGAGAGUGGGUCAUUCUUAUGAAGUAGAUGUAUGGUCUUUGGGAGUCAUCAUGUAUGCAAUGUUGAUAGGCAAACCUCCUUUUGAGACUCCAGAUGUCAAGACUACAUAUAGAAAGAUUAGAUUGAAUUCAUAUUCAUUUCCAGAACAUGUGUUGAUAUCAGAUUCAGCAAAAAGUCUGAUAACUAGAAUUUUGAAUUUAGAUCCAGCUUAGAGACCUACAUUAGAUGAGAUUAUGGCUCAUCCAUUUAUGAAUACUGGAGGAACAAUUCCAAAGACAUUACCAUUAUCAACUUUGGCUUGUCCUCCUUCAGCAUCUUAUAAUAAAUAAUUUUAACCUUCAACUAAUACAAGUAACUUAAAGAUGUCUACAAAUAUGUUACCUUAAAGAUUAACAGAAACUACACCAAAUAAUCCUAAUAAUCCAAAGAAUGUCUAAAAAUAAACAAAUGGAUCAUCUGAUCGAUUCCCAUGUAAAAAUUAUAAAUAAAAUAAUAUUAGUAUAGAAACCAAGUUCAAGUGGAAAUCUAAUGGAUGAUAAUUUUGGUUCAAGUGGUUUGAAUAAUGCAUAGAAUGUUGGUUAUGGUGGUUCUUAAAGACCAUAAUCAUAAAAACCAAAUGAUAUUAGAAAUAGUUAAAGCCAGAAAACUCUUUCUUAACCUUUUGGUGGAACAGGAAUGCAAGGUGCUUAAUCUGUCAAUAAUCUUGGAGUGAAAUAGACAUAAUCAAAAUAGGAAGUUUAUGUGAAGAAGUGGGUUGAUUACUCAAGUAGAUAUGGAUUAGGUUAUUUGUUGAGUAAUGGUGCUACUGGAGUCUUCUUUAAUGAUUCUACUAAAAUAGUUCUUGAUACCAAGACUUUGAUAUUUGAAUAUAUGGAGAGAAAAGGAUAGGAUAAACAAGAUAUUUGUGAAACACACAAUCUUAAUGAUUAUCCUUAAGAGUUACAUAAGAAAGUUACACUACUAUAACAUUUUAGAAGUUAUUUGGAAGGUGAACCUCAAACAACUUCAAAUGAAGAUCCAGAAUCCAAAUAGUUAGUCUAUGUUAAGAAAUGGAUGAAAACUAGACAUGCCAUUAUGUUCAGAUUGUCGAAUAAAAUUGUUUAGGUAAUAAUGAUAUUAAUUUUAUAGGUUAAUUUUACAGAUAAGACUGAAAUUAUAUUGUCAUCUGAACAUAAAAUGGUUACUUAUGUGAAUAAAACUGGGGAUAGAAGUCAUUAUCCUUUAGCAACCGCUUUAGAUAGUUAGAAUACAGAAAUGGCAAAAAGACUUAAAGUAUUUAUACUAUUUUUAUUAUUUUCAGUAUACUAAAGAAAUAUUAACUCAUAUGUUGAAUGGUGGUUAAAAUGGAGGAGACAAUAAAACUAAUCAACUUGCUAAUGCUAAUUGGUAGAAUCCAUGAAGAUGAAAUAUUUUGAAAAC